GUGUGUGUGUGUGAGAUCCUGGCCCGGCUCCAGCCUGUUUCUCCUUGAUUUAGAGUUCUUUAUUGGCCAGCCCAACAAAGUUCCGAGUGAUUCCCAAGUCAGAUGAAAGUGCUGGAGUGCCGGGUGUGGAGCAGCAGGCGAUGGCCGUGAGGUUUGGACGCCGGGGUUUAUCUGCGGCAAGUCCCGUCGCGUCUCCCCGCCUCUGACUGAUCCUCGCUGCAGGACAGACACAGUUUCUCCAGGACACCGACUCGUGCCUCGCUGCGCUGCCGCCCCGGGGGCCCCAUGGCCCGGCCUGGGGAAGACAUCGCCCCGCUGGCGGAGCACGGCCAGGCCGACCAGGGAACCCCGGCUGGCGGCUCCGGACCCCGCAGCCCCGGGUCCCCCUGGCCGUCGCCCCGAAACUCCCCGCAGAUCUUCCGCAAGAUCAUCAUGAACAGAGGCAUCCGUCUACAACAUCGCCGCUUCACUGUGGCCCAAACCAGUUUCGAUGUUGAGAAUGGCCUGUCGGCGGGAUGGGUUCCACUGGAGCCCCAGACGGGCCCCAGCUCUGGGCUGGUGCUUCAGGCAAACUACGGCCACGGUCAGCGGAGAGGGUCCUUCCUCUACCGCUCGGACAGCGACUACGACACCUCGCCGAAGAACGCGUCGCGCAACUCCUCCAUCACCGGAGACAUGAGUAACUUCGUCAAGUCUAGCCCGAGACAACCCUUGGCAUCGCGCUGCUCUGAGCCCGUCCUUGGCCUGGCACUGGGCAAUCACACAGAAGACAUGAUUGUGACUCCAUUUGCUCAGGUGCUGGCCAGUUUACGGACCGUGCGGCAAAAUGUUGCAACGAUGACAAGUCAACAGGAUCAGGUGAAGUCCACCAGCUGGCGAACAGCAGGAGGUGCCCCUGGGAUCAGUCGGCAAGUCCCACUCGAGGAGAACUCUCAGAAGAUGGGCCUGGAGACCCUGGAAGAGCUGGACUGGUGCUUGGAACAGCUGGAUACCCUGCACACCCGCCACUCUGUCAGUGAGAUGGCGUCCAACAAGUUUAAGAGAAUGCUGAACCGUGAAUUAACCCAGCUGUCUGAGACGAGCCGUUCGGGAAACCAAGUGUCUGAGUUCAUUUCCCACACGUUUCUAGACAAAACGCAUGAAAUGGAAGUGCCGCGAGCCAGAGAGGGGAAGCUGGAGACCAUGGGACAAAUCACCGGCUUGAAACAUAGUCUCAGCGUCAUCUCCACUGUUGACAUUCCAGCGUUUGGUGUGCAGACCGCCUACGAAAAUGAGCUGGCCAGGGAGCUGAGCCAUAUCAAUGAUUGGGGCCUGGAUGUCUUCAGGAUUGGGCAGUUCUCUAAUGACCGACCACUCACAGUUUCCAUGUACAGCAUCUUCAAGUCCCGACAGCUGCUGAAGACAUUCAAGAUCCCGGUGAAGACCUUCAUCACAUACAUGCUGACCCUUGAAGACCACUACCAUCUUGACGUGGCCUACCACAACAACUACCACGCCGCAGACGUGGCGCAGUCCACGCACGUCUUGCUUCUCACUCCCGCCCUCGAGGCAGUGUUCACUGAUCUUGAAGUACUGUCUGCAAUAUUUGCCUCUGCAAUCCAUGACGUUGACCAUCCUGGUGUCUCCAACCAGUUCCUCAUCAACACCAACUCUGAGUUGGCGCUUAUGUACAAUGACUCCUCUGUAUUGGAGAACCAUCACCUGGCUGUGGGCUUCAAACUGCUGCAGGAAGAGAACUGCAACAUCUUCCAGAACCUGUCCAAGAUAGAGCUUCAGAACCUCCGCAAAAUGGCCAUCGACAUGGUGCUGGCUACAGACAUGACCAAACACAUGAACCUACUGGCCGAUUUGAAGACCAUGGUGGAGACGAAGAAAGUGACGAGUUUAGGCGUCUUGUUGCUGGAUAACUACUCCGACCGAAUACAGGUUCUGCAGAACAUGGUGCACUGUGCUGACCUGAGCAACCCCACCAAGCCCCUGCACCUGUACCGGGCGUGGGUGGAUAAAAUCAUGAUGGAGUUCUUCAGCCAGGGCGACCGGGAGCGGGAGAUGGACAUGGUCAUCAGUCCCAUGUGUGAUAAGCACAUCGCCUCCAUUGAGAAAUCACAGGUCGGCUUCAUCGAUUACAUCGUGCACCCUCUGUGGGAGACGUGGGCUGACCUGGUGUACCCCGACGCAAAGGAGAUCCUGGACAACUUGGAGGACAACCGGGACUGGUUCCAAACCAUGAUCACACGCAGCCCGCCUUCGGCGAAAAGCUCGACCUCGGACAGGGAGGACGAUGCAGAUGACGAGCCCGAGGUGGACAAUGCCCCAGGGGUAGACAAGGCGCUAGUGGAAGACGAGGCUUCAGUGGAAGACGAGGCUUCAGUGGAAGACAGGGCUUCAGUGGAAGACGAGGCUUCAGUGGAAGACGGGGCUUUAGUGGAAGACAGGGCUUCAGUGGAAGACGAGGCUUCAGUGGAAGACGGGGCUUUAGUGGAAGACAGGGCUUCAGUGGAAGACGAGGCUUCAGUGGAAGACGAGGCUUCAGUGGAAGACGAGGCUUCAGUGGCAGACGAGGCUUCAGUGGAAGACAGGGCGUCCGUGGAAGACAAGGUGCUAGUGGAAGACAGGGCGUACGUGGAAGACAAGGUGCUAGUGGAAGACAAUGCGCUCUUGGAAGACAAUGCGCUCUUGGAAGACAAUGCGCUAGUGGAAGACAAGACACUCUGGGAAGACAAUGCGCUUAUGGAAGACAAUGCACUAGUGGAAGACAAGGUGCCCCUGGAGAUGAUGAUGGUGGAGGUGGACAAGUUGUCACAGCUGAGCGUGGCUGGGCGGCACCCUGGCCGGUACAGCGUGGGACAGAGCUCAAUGGAGGAUAUGUACACUUGUAGCCCGCCCGAGAUGUCCAUCGCCGACUUAUCCAUGUCGUCCUACAGCCAAACGUCAUUCCACAGCAUGUCAGAGUCGAGCAUGGACACGGAGUCCAGCCAGCAGCUGCCGAGCAGCGAGCCGGCGCUGAGCCCGGUGGAUGUGCAGACACCGGGGCCGGGAGGCAGCGAUAACUCCGGGGGCAACCGGGACAUUGAGGCGGCGGCGGCGGCGGCGGCAGCAGCAGCGGCAGCGGCAGCAGCAGCAGCAGCGCCCAACACAUAACCGACCCCCUGUGUACGGGCAGCACUGAACAACUCUGGCCCUUCUGCCCUUCUCUCCCUCUCUCUCACUCUGCCCCGGCACCAAGCGGCAGACAGGCACACACACCCCUGUCUGUAAAUAUAUGUCCAUAUAUAUAUAUAUAUGUGUGUGUUGGGGAGACCAGGUAGGAGGUUGAGGGGGGGGGGUUUGGCCCCAGAGACGGGGUUUUAUUUUCACCGCCGGACACAACAGGACAAUGUCUCAAACAGCGACCGUGAGCCGGACUUCGCUCAUUCCCGGGGCGAGAAGAAGGGGGAAGACAAUGAAUGGUCAAUGGCAGCGCCGGCUGCGGGCAUUGAACCAGGGACCCGAGGACAGCAACGGAGCCGGGCCCAUCAAACCAGGGAGGGGAGGGGUUGGACUGUUUUGUUUUUUUUGUCCAUUUUUAUUGUAAAAGUAUUUGCAGCAAAAAUGAGAUGAGGGGAGCUCCCGGCCUGUGGUGAAACCGGCCCCCCGGCCCGCGGCCAGUGUUGUCCGGCCCGCGGCCAGUGUUGCACGGCCCCCGGCCAGUGUUGCACGGCCCGCGGCCAGUGUUGCACGGCCCCCGGCCAGUGUUGCAUGGCCCCCGGCCCGCGGCCAGUGUUGCACGGCCAGUGAUGCACGGCCCCCGGCCAGUGAUGCACGGCCCCCGGCCAGUGAUGCACGGCGGGGAUGGAACCGGCGCUGAAGCGGAGACUGAGACACCCGGGGAUGUGAAAUCAGACGCCGUUAUCAUCGAAUUACGACGCGGUCAGCAUCGAAACUGGACGCUGGGGGAAAACGGUUUCGUCUCUCUGGGGUAUUUUUUUUUAAAGAAAGCAAGUGGUCUGUAUUUUUCUUAAAUGAAUAUUUUUAGAUUUUUU